AUGUCUGCCAAGGGAACCUCGAGUGUGUCGUCACAAUUCCUGUCCGAGAUCAUCGGCAAACCAGUAAACGUGAAACUGCACUCUGGAAUGCUGUAUAGCGGCCGUUUGGAGUCGAUUGAUGGGUUUAUGAACGUAGCACUGUCAAAAGUUACUGAACAUUAUGAGAAUGGGCACAAUGGGCUGCUCAGAAAUUACAACACAGAUGUUUUUCUGAGAGGGACUCAGGUCAUGUAUAUUAGUGAAGUAUAA